AUGCCUCCCAUUGCACGCCCCCGCCGCAUCGUCGGCGUCUCGCUCAAGAUGUACUUCGACCUGACCAGCACCCUCUCCUACGUCCGCGGCGUGCUGCAGCUGGACGGCGACGCCUGGAACGCCAAUGUCGACCUCUUCGUCAUCCCUGACUUUGUCUCGCUCACAGAGUCCCACCGCAUACUAGAGUCCUCUUCCGUCAUGCUCGGCGCCCAAGAUACCCACUGGGAAGACAAGGGCGCCUUCACAGGUCAAGUCAGCCCAGCAGUGCUGCGGCAAGCUGGCGCCAGGAUUGUCGAGAUCGGACAUGCUGAGCGAAGAGCCCUCUUUGGCGAAACAGACGAGAGCGUCGCGAAAAAGGCCGGUGCUGCGGCGAGGAACGGGCUGAUACCCCUGGUCUGCAUCGGCGAGAAGACCCACCACAGCAUAGCUUCAGCAGCCGUGGGUGCGGCCAUACAAGAGUGCAAACCUCAGGUCACUUCAGUGCUGGCUGCUGUGCCUGAGGACCAAGAGGUGAUACUGGCCUAUGAGCCUGUUUGGGCUAUUGGCGCGAAAGAGCCCGCUGACCCUGACCAUGUCGUCAAUGUCACCAAAGAGCUCCGGAAACUGGCGGCUGGCAGGACCGGUGUCACAAGAGUCGUCUAUGGCGGCAGCGCAGGUCCAGGCACAUAUGCAAAGAUUGCAGAAGGCGUAGACGGCCUGUUCCUUGGCCGGUUCGCUCACGACAUUCAAAAUCUCAAGAAGGUUAUUGAAGAAGUUGGCGGAGCGUGA